GUAAAGGAGAUGGAAUCGACGCUUGUGAGGAGCUUCGUCCGAAACCUUCCUAUCCUCACACGCACGCUUCCUCCGCCUCCGCCGCCGCCGCCGCAUGGCCUGCGCCUCCAACUUCGUCGUUUCGAUCGGAGAGCGCCAUCGUUGAUCUGAGGAAACCCUAGAGCGAGAGCGAGGAGGGAGAGAGGAGCCAUGGGUUUCCCUUGGGGCUUCUCCGGGAACAACCUCGUCAAGCGGCUUUGUAAGUCCCUCCUGAAGAAGAAAUUGGGGGAUUUGAUCCUCGGCGACAUCGAUCUCGACCAGCUCGAUGUGCAGAUCUCUAAAGGCACCUUCCACCUCUCCGAUCUCGCGCUCAACGCCGAGUUCAUCAAUUGGAAGUUGGUUGGAUCUGGUAUCAUGAUAAAAGAAGGAUCAAUGAAAUCCCUAUCAAUAAGAAUUCCUUUGAAGUUAAAGAGUUGUGAGAUAGAAGUGGAAGAGCUUGAACUUGUUCUUGCUCCAUGUGCUCUAAGUGAAAUUCCUCCUUCAGAUGCUGAUUGUUUGAUGUCUGGGAAUGAUGGUCAAGAGCAUAAAGUGAUCGAUGCCCAAAAGAUAGGUCAAGAAACACCCAACUACAUUUCUAGUGCUAUUCCUCGUGAUGUUGACGAAGGAGUCAAGAAAAUUGCCAAUGUUGUUAAAUGGUUUCUUACAAGCUUUCAUAUCAGGAUAAAGGAUAUUUGUGUAGUUUUUGAUCCCCAGACCAAUUUGGAAGUAGACAAAUCAGUCUGUAAUAGAUCCUUGGUUCUUCGAAUUAAAGAAACAAAUUUUGGAACUUGUCUCUCUGAAGAUGCGGUGGUUAAGUUAAAUAACUUCAUAAAGUUUGAAGAAGCAGUCAUUGAGUUUCUUCAGAUGGAUGAUGUUGAUAGGCAGCUUCACAGUGAUUUAGAAGCGAGCACAAUUGAAAAAUGUUCAGGGAAAGGCACCACUGCAAUCUUGACUGGACCAAUAGGAGGAUUCUCAGGGACAUUGAAUUUGAGCAUACCAUGGAAAAAUGGUUCUUUAAAUCUUCAAAAAAUUGAUGCCGAUGUCAGUAUUGAUUCCUUAGAAUUAAGGGUCCAACCUAGCAGUAUUCAAUGGGCUAUAGACAUAUGGAAUUCACUCAAGAAUACCACAACAAAUCAACUAAAUCAUGUAUAUAAGGCUGCAGAUGCAUCUAACUGUGGCUCCAAACUUAAUCCAUGUUCAUAUUCGGGAGGUUCAAGCAAAUUAGGUGCAGGUGUAGUGCCAGCCAGCAGAGAGGAUAUAUCAAAAAGCAUAUUUGCGACAAACAGUCAAGAUAAAAUUCAAGACACAUUUUUCACAAGGACAAAUGUAAUUCAAAACUGGAUACCAGAAUCAUUUGGCUGGGAAGACCAGACUGAUCAAGAUUCAGAUUAUGAUGCAAGCAUUGAUCAGUUUUUUGAGUGUUUUGAGGAAAUGAGAAGCUCCCAAAUGAAUUCAGGAAAUAGUGGCAUAUGGAACUGGACUUGUUCUGUUUUCAAUGCAAUAACAUUUGCAUCCAGUCUUGCUUCUGGAUCAGAUCAGAUUCCUGGAGAACAACUCGUCGAGAAAACCUUACGAGCUGCUAUCGCUGAGAUUUGUGUUGUUAUUUCCUUUGGUGAUGAAGAAAAGAACCAUCUUGACUUUUCCAACAAUGUUCUCAAUUCAUUUUUAUUUGGGAAAAGCUCUGAUUCUUUUCUUAGCUGCCUUUCAUCAAUGCACGUUGAGCAGUCAACCUUGAAUGAAGUUAGUACUGACAAUCUAAAUAUGAACCAUUUGGAAGCGAGGUUUCAGAAUGUAUUUAUUGAUUUGGAGACAUAUCCUCAAAAUAUGAAGUUUGAAGCAUCAGUCGGGCAUAUAAAGCUUGAUGAAUAUUAUGAUGAUGGAAAGCAUGCUGCAGAGUCUGGCUAUCAUUUCAGGAACCCUUCCUAUGACCAAGUGGUUAUAAAUCAGCAUUUGAAGAAGGGAAUUCAAGCUGUGCUUCCACCAUUUCUUUUUCCCGGGCCAGAUCAUAAUUUACAAUCUUAUAUCAAUGACAGUGCAGAAACUGCAGAAUAUACUUUAAAUCCUCAGGAUGGGCUGAUCAAGGUUAGAUUGUUCGAAUCUUUUGACAAAUGCAAUUGUCAAUAUGCUGUCAGUUCUAAAGAGAUAGAUGGCAAGCCAGUGAUGUCAACCUCCAUAAAUGUCCUUGUCCCACCAAUCAUUUUCUGGAUUCAUUUCCACUUAGUGUAUGUGCUGCUGGAUCUCUUCAAGCUAGUUGAAAGUUCAAUGAAGAGAAGCAACACCGAGGAGUUCCAAUCUGGUGGGUUGUCUGGGAGUCAUUCUUCCUCACAUGGUGGUGCUGAAAGAAGCAAUUUGACUUGCAUAGAAACUGUAUCUGCAGAAGCAAGCCUAAAGGGGAAUAUAGUCUUCUCACGUGCAAGAGCCAUAGUAUGUUUUCCUUCUAGUUUCGAUGGAGACUUCAGUCGUCCAUCCUCUUUUGAUAAGUUUAUAAUUUUUGACCAUACUUCGUCACUGAGCUCUGAAGAAGUUUCAGGGAUUUCCUCACUUCCGGCAGCAAGAUCUUUCAGGGAUUAUCCUUGUGCAAAUUCCACUUCUAUCCAUCUAGAUCUGAAAAAUUUUGACAUUUAUUUGGUGGAAUCCAUGUGCCAUGAUAAUUUAGAGGAUAGAUUUUGUUCAGUAGAUAGGCAAACAUUCUCCAUAGCAAACAUUCUCUCUGUUACUAACAGAGCCAGGGACCAUCAUUCUGGAGUCACUAUGGUCUGGCAGAAGGGUCCCGUGACUGGUACUUGGAUGGCUAGUAGAGCUUGGAGUUUGUCCACAUCACACAAUAAGAAGGAUACCAAGAAAGUUUUUGGUGAAGGGACUGGAUUUUCAUCUGCGGCAACUUCGAAGGAUCUGCAGGAAAUGAGUUCUACUAUUCGUAGGGAGCUGAUUCUGAGUUCUGAAUUUCUAUUGCAUGUGCAAUUUAGUCAUGCUUCAGUUCAUCUUGGUAAGAAAGACUAUAUGCUGCUGAACCGUCUGCUAAAUUAUGUUUUUGAUGGGUUCUCCAAUAGAGGUGCUACUACCUGUGAGAACAGUAAGGCUGGGGAGUCAACUCCAGGUGACCAAAUUGCUCCUCAAACUUCCAUCUUUUUGGAAUGUGGAAGCUUGGAUAUUUGCGCUAAACUGGAUGAAGUUUUUGAGGUUAGUCACUUGUUACAGAGGGAGCUAGAAGGUUUGUGGAAGUCCUUUAAGUUGAGUAUAGAGAAGUUUGAAUUGCUAUCUGUUUCAAAUAUUGGUGGGGUUAGUAAUGCGAAGUAUUUAUGGGUAAACCAUGGAGAGGGAGAACUUUGGGGCUCUGUUUACGGUGGAAAUGAGAGAACGGAUGAAGUGGCUAAAGAUUUUCUCCUGAUCGUCUGUAGGAACUCUGCUAUGGGACGUGGUGAUGGUGAAGGCACAAAUGCAUUGUCUUUUGGGGCUGCUGGCACUUCUGUUACACACAUGUGGAAUCCAAAGUUAUCCGAGUCUUAUCUUUCUGUUAUCGUCCGUAGUGGGACAAUUGUUGCACCUGGUGGCCGUUUAGAUUGGAUUAGUGGGAUAUGCUUAUUUUUCAGUUCACCUUCAAAAGAAAAAGAACAAUCAGGAAAAGAUGACGAGGAAAGUAGAGAUUCCAAAAGUGGCAUGGUUUGUAAAACAUCUUUCUUUCUUGAUUUGGUGGAUAUUGCUUUGAGUUAUGAACCCCAUAUUAAAAACACAAUAAUUGGAGGUGAUGCUGCAGACAUGGAACCUGAGUAUGUUGUUGAACCUGAGGAAGAGAUGGACAAGCAAUCUGUGGCGUGCCUUUUAGCUGCAGCAUCACUUGGCCUCUUUAAUCAUACUGAAGUGAACUCUACAAGUACUGAGUAUCGUAUCGGACUACACGAUGUAGGGUUUCUUAUUUGUCAGUCAACUGGAUCAAAAAAUGUGAACUGUGGCUAUCAUGUAGGCUAUCUUCGUGAAACUGGCUAUGUCAAGAUUGCUCAGAACACACUUGUGGAAGCUCUUUUGAGAUUUAAUAAAGAUUCCUUUUGGGAGCUCGAGAUAUCAGAAUCACAAUUUAACCUUGACACCUGCAGCGAUACGACGGGUGGCCUUAUCUGUCUAAUUGCCCAACUUCAGCAGCUGUAUGCACCUGAUGUGCAGGAUGCUAUAAUACAUCUACAAUCUAGAUGGAAUAGUUUCCAACAAACCAAGGAGGAGAGCAUUUCGAGUGACGAGGUUGAUAAGUUUGAGAACAGCAGCAUGAAGAGCUUGCCAGCAAGUGAUGAAGGCAGUAGGUCAGUCGGAUUACUAGAUGAGAUACUCGAGAAUGCUUUUUACAUAGAUGGAGGAGAACCUGUAUUUUCUGAUGACUCUACAGAGCUUGGUGAUGCAUAUGCUUCAAACGUUCAGGUUGGGAAUUCAAUGGCUGGUUCUGAAGAGCGCGUUCAGAUAUCACCGGAGGUUAAUUCUUGCUUGUCUCAAAUUAUUGACAGCUACUAUGUUCCCACCUUUCUAUCAUCGUCACCUAAUGAAGUACGCAAGUAUGAAACAUGUGAUCGUGUUCCCAGAGACGUCGAAGGGGGAAAGAGCAGGUGGUAUGACGAUUCAUCCUUGAUGAUAGUGGACAAUCAUAUGUCAGAAACCAACAGUCAACUUGGAGAACUGGUGAACCGAGAAGAUACGGUUGGUUCCGGUAGUUCUGAUCCUACUGAGUCCUCCAUUUUAAAAGGAAAGGUUCUCCUUCAAAACAUUGAUGUGAGGUGGAGAAUGCAUGCUGGGGUUGACUGGUCUACACCGGGAAGUUCUGUUGGCAGUUUGAGCUCAAGUGGAAGAGAUGGAAGUUCAUGUUUAGAGCUUUACAUUUUAGGGUUAAAUCUUCAAUAUGAUAUGUACCCUGAUGGAGAAGUUUGUGUUUCAAAUAUUUCCCUUUCUGCUCAGGAUGUUAAUCUUUAUGAUAGAAGCCGGGAGGCCCCAUGGAAAAUGGUUCUGGGAUGUUACGAUUCAAAAGAUUAUCCAAGAGAAUCCUGUUCUAAGGCAUUCAGAUUAGAAUUAGAAGCUGUACGGCCAGAGCCACUGAUUCCUUUAGAGGACUACAGGUUGCAUCUUGAGUUUCUGCCAUUGAGAUUGCAUCUUGAUCAAGGCCAACUCAACUUUCUCAUCCAAUUCUUUAGCAAGGACUCGAGUUCCGAUAAAUCUCAGAGUCUAGCUCAUGAUUUAGAUGAUUCUGAGAAUACAGGGAAAGAGAGGAUAAGCUUCGGGUGCCAAACAAUUGUGGAGGAGGCAUUGCUUCCCUUCUUUCAGAAAUUUGAUAUAAGGCCUCUGGUUGUUCGUAUUGAUUAUAUUCCUCGUCAUUUUGAUCCAGUCGCACUAAGCAAGGGGAAUUAUGCAGAACUUCUCAACUUAGUUCCAUGGAAGGGAAUUGAUUUACAGCUAAAACAAGUGUCUGCUGUUGGUAUUUAUGGGUGGAGCAGUAUCUGUGAAACAGUACUUGGGGAGUGGUUGGAAGAUAUUUCUCACAACCAGGUUCAUAAAUUACUGAAAGGGCUAGCUCCUAUAAGGUCAUUAUUUGCUGUUGGUUCUGGCACUUCCAAGUUGAUUUCUUCACCAGUCAAAAGUUACAAGGAGGAUCGCAAGUUGUUAAAGGGAAUGCAGAGAGGUGCUGUAGCUUUUAUCCGAAGCGUUUCAAUCGAAGCUGUUGGACUAGGAGUGCACUUGGCGGCUGGUGCCCAUGAGAUAUUGCUCAAAACAGAAUGCAUCCUCACAACUAUUCCACCGCAUCUUCCCUCAUCUCACCUAAGCAGAAGAAAAGCAAACAUAAGAUCUAAUCAGCCGGAAGACACACAACAAGGGAUCCAACAACAGGCUUAUGAGAGUUUAAGCGAUGGCCUUGGUAGGAGUGCCUCGGCUCUUUUUGGUACUCCUCUGAAGGUCUACCAGCGCGGAGCAGGUGCGAGGUCAGCUCUAGCUUCUGCUUUCCGAGCAGCUCCUGCUGCUGCGAUAGCUCCCGUCUCUGCUUCUGCUCGUGCCGUUCACUGUGCACUUCUUGGACUGCGAAACAGCUUAGAUCCUGAACACAAAAAGGAGUCCAUGGACAAAUAUUUGGGACCUUCACGAUCAUAGGAUUGUGAAGAAAAGGGCAGGUUAGUCGGAAAAGAUAGAUUGACACGAUUUCAGCAAAAUGCUGAUUUGUACAGGGUGUAUAGUUAUUCAAUCAGAUUCUUUGUGGGACAGUAUAGGAUGGCAACCUUUGUACAUAUGUAAAUUACCAUAAUAUUUCUGCGACCGUCUGCUAUGCCAUUGUAAUAUACCAGCAAUCAUUUUGGAUUUAUAGUUUAGCUGUUGCUUACUUCCCUUGGUGAAAUUUUUUGUCGACCUCACUGGCGAAAAUAGUUUAGCUUGAGGAAACAUGGUUUUCAUGUAUAUAGCUAAUUCUUUCAGAAGUUUUAUGAUUGCAUAUUUGCUUCUCGGUUGCUGCGGCAGUGUAAUUGUAAAUUACCAUAUUUGUUUAUUUUUUGAGAAACUCAGAAAGAACUAUCUAUCUACCAUUAUGGAUAGUUCUUUUGAGAAAAA